GGCCUUUGGUCAAACUCAGCUUGAAAGCAUCGUCCCUUUGCAUUGUUAAAAGAACCAGCUUGACCAGUUCCCCGUUCGCCUCAUCACUCGCGCACUCACCUUCACUGUCCCAACUCCAACUCCACCUCCGUCAAUGGCGGCCUCUUUUACAGCCCUUCCGAGUGUGGCGUCGCUACCCGGUCCACGAAAGGGCGAGAUCGGGGUUCCGAAUCCCACGUGUAGUUUGGUUAAGAUUCGGAGUUUUGCGUCGCCGUCGGACAUUUCACAGUCUGCAUUGGGCUUCGCCUCCCGGUCUUUGCUUAUAACCCAUUUCAAAUAUUCGUCGUCGAACCCUUGUGGGAGGAGGCCCGUCCUUCGUAGCUCGGUCAGGGCCAGUGCUGAGGAAGCGACUUUACAAUCAAAAGUUACCAACAAGGUGUAUUUUGAUAUUAGCGUUGGGAAUCCAGUAGGGAAGCUUGCUGGAAGGAUUGUGAUCGGGUUGUACGGUGAUGAUGUGCCCCAAACGGCAGAGAACUUCCGUGCCCUUUGCACAGGAGAGAAGGGAUUUGGGUACAAAGGUUCCACAUUUCAUCGUAUAAUCAAGGAUUUCAUGAUUCAAGGAGGGGACUUUGAUAAGGGAAAUGGUACUGGAGGUAAAAGUAUAUAUGGUCGGACAUUUAAAGAUGAGAACUUCAAGUUGUCUCAUGUUGGACCGGGAGUUGUUAGCAUGGCAAAUGCAGGCCCCAACACGAAUAGGAGUCAAUUCUUCAUAUGCACUGUCAAGACAUCAUGGCUGGAUCAAAGGCAUGUUGUCUUUGGGCAAGUUGUGGAAGGCAUGGAUGUUGUUAGGCUAAUUGGAUCCCAAGAGACCGACCGAGGAGACCGUCCUAGAAAGAAGGUGGUCAUUGCUGAAUGUGGUGAGCUUCCAACAGUCUAAUGUGGAUGUUCCCAGCUUUUAUCUUUUCCUUUGCUUCUUUUAGGAACUGUUGGGGACUAUGGUACCCAAUUUAGAGGACUCUUCUUUGGAUUAGUUCUGCACCAAGGGAUUUUUUUUUUUUUUUUUUUUUUUCUAUCCCAUAAAGAAGUAAAGUCCUACCAUUAA